UUUGAUGAACACCUGAUGCUCAUUGCACCGGUGCAGCGUUUGCAGAUGAUUUUCACACUUCGGAAACUUUCUACUCAAAAUUUAGGCAAAAGGGGAUCAUUGAACUCUGGAAUAUCGUUAGAGAUGGGGGCCUUAUCUCUACAACAGCUUCACCAUCUUCUGCGACCGCCCUCUUCUUUGCUUAUCUUUAAACCCCUCCGCGUCGCUGCUGCUUCUGCUGCUUUUCCCCUUCCCAAAUCCAUCAUCACAGUCCAGAGAUUCGUCGCGUCUCCUCCUCCCGUUUCCCCUCCUCGUCAUCGUUUCUUCUGCAUCAGCUCUUCCUCCUUUUCCGCUGCUGUCUCCGAUAUUGGAGCUGGAACCCCCUCUUCCAAUUUCCUUUCCAAAGAGGAGUCGUCCAAUAUCUCCAAUUCUUCUUCUGAAGUACAACUUGGAGAUGACCAUGAAGGAUCUGUUAUUGAGUUGGAGGCGGCGGCCUAUGCAAGCCAAAACGAACCCAUCAUAGCUUGUGCUAAUGCUGGAAAACCCCCAACUCUGAGCGUUAAGGAAAAGAAAGAGCUUGCUUCUUACGCUCACAGCCUCGGAAAGAAGCUCAAGUCUCAACAAAUUGGCAAGUCCGGCGUCAACUCUUCCGUCGCUGCUUCAUUCCUUGAAACCCUUGAGGCCAACGAGCUCCUUAAGCUUAAAGUGCAUAAUAACUGUCCAGGGGAGCUGGCUGAUGUGGUGAGACAAUUAGAGGAAGCAACUGGGUCGGUGACUGUAGGGCAGAUUGGUAGGACUGUGAUUCUUUACAGGCCCAGCCCCACCAAGUUGAAAGCAGAGGAGAAGAAGAAACAGGCACAAAAGGUCUUCAUGAAAAAAAGAACAACGCUGAAACCUCCGGAGUCUAAGAAAGACCAAGUUUGGAGACCAUCCAACCGCGGUCGUCGUGGAAGCAGCCGAAUUUGAGAUUUGAUGGUUAGUGGGCAUGUCCAAGACUGGUUUCUAGGGAAAUAUUGAAGAGCUGGUGGUGCUGUCUUUCCAGAUCUGCCGUGAAUUGAUAGGAAAAGAUAAAAUACCUUAUAGGUUAAGCCAACACAUGUAUGAACAAAGUCCAUAAUUGAGUGGAAAAUUCAGUUUUUUAGCUAAAGCAAGCUGUGCACUGAGGGAGGUUGUUGCUUGUUAACACACUGCCAGUUAGCGGAAGCUUAUGUGUUUGAGUUAGAUUACAAAGACGUACAACAAGUUCUUGAGGUGAUGCUUGGAUUGUAGCUUUGCUUCGUUAUAUGGACUCCUGGUUGGGAAGGAGUGCAUGAACAAGGAAACAUGAAAUUUGAUUGCAAUGCGAUAUGGAAAGUUAUCCCAUACCCUCA